AUGGAUUUCCUGGGGGAAGGAAACCACACUGGAGUCACUGAAUUCUUUUUACUUGGCUUAACAGACGACCCAGUCCUUCGAGUGAUCCUUUUCAUCAUCAUCCUGUGCAUCUACCUGAUGACCAUGUCUGGCAACCUCAGCACAAUCUUUCUAAUCAGAGUGUCUCCUCAGCUCCAUCACCCCAUGUACUUUUUUCUGAGUCACUUGGCUUCUGCUGACAUUGGCUAUUCAUCUUCUGUCACACCAAAUAUGCUUGUGAACUUCUUGGUGGAGAGAAAGACCAUUUCCUACACUGGGUGUGGCAUCCAGCUUGGCUCGGCUGUUUUCUUUGGGACCGUUGAGUGCUUCCUUCUGGCUGUCAUGGCUUAUGAUCGCUUUGUGGCAAUCUGCAGUCCACUGCUUUAUUCAACCAAAAUGUCCACAGAAUUGUGUGAGCAGUUACUUGUAGGGUCUUAUUUAGGUGGUUUUCUUGAUGCUUCCUCCUAUACCCUUUCCUUCUUUUCUUUUGACUUCUGUGGACCAAAUAGAAUCAAUCAUUUUUUCUGUGACUUUUCUCCAUUAGUAAAACUGUCCUGUUCUGAUGACAGAAUCCCCAUAUUUUUUGCCACACUUACUGCUGGCUUCAUCAUUGUGUCCACAGUGUCUAUCAUAGCCAUCUCCUACAUGUACAUCCUCAUCACCAUCCUGAAGAUGCACUCCACUGAUGGUCGGCGCAAGGCCUUCUCCACCUGUACCUCUCACCUCACUGCAGUCACUCUGUUCUUUGGGACCAUCAUGUUCAUUUAUGUGAUGCCCAAGUCUAACUAUUCCACUGACCAGAACAAGGUGGUGUCUGUUUUCUACAUGGUAGUGAUCCCCAUGUUGAAUCCCCUCAUCUACAGUCUGAGGAACAAAGAGAUUAAGGGUGCUCUGAAGAGACAGCUUGGCAGGAAAAUAUUUUCUUAA